AUGUCAACAGAUCAAUUCAAGGAUACUGAGCUUCCACUUAAAAUUUUACAUGCGAGAAUUGCCUUACUUUCGACUGCUAUAGGAGGCCCUGACCACACCGCAGAGAUUGAACCUACGCCUUACAAGAUUGGAGAUGACUGUCUUGCAUGCCUGAAAGAUCUGAAACGAUGGUUCAAGCUUGUUGAUGACAAGCAGCAGAGAUGGGAUGUAGCAUUGGCUGCUGCGACUUACAAUGUUUUGAUAGACAACCUCAUACCAAUUCUGUUAGAUUGGGAGAGAAAGUCAUCCUUAGCGGCUAAGAGGGCGAGAAAAGAGGGUGGAAUACCAGAUUCUUAUUUCAAGAAUAAGUCUUAUCAUGAUAAAAUUGCUGUGAAUGCCUUGCAGCUGAUGGUCUUGAUGACUUGGCCCUUGAUCUUGACGGAUCAAUCCACUACAAGUCAAGUUUUGAAUUAUACCGAACUUAAAAAGCAUCAACUUUCCUAUAAAAAGGCAAUUAUCGAGGCAGAAGGAGGCCGUGCUCUUAAAGCUUCUCUCAGAAUUGCCCUUGAUGUCAUCAAAAGCGAGAGACACCUACGAAGUCCAAAAGACAACGUAAUUCUUCGGCUGGUUAUUCAUUUUCUUCGAAAUAUCGCGGCAAUCGAGCCAAGUGAGUUAACCUUAACGACCAAAAAGAGGACAAGUUCCAAAGGGAUUGGUGAUACAGGAGCCUUGCCUCCUAACGUUUCUUUAGACGAUAUCUCGUCCAGUUCGCUACUACACGCUUUUGCUAGAAACAAAGUCCUAGAUUUCAUUGUCACGGUUGGAUCUUUGAUAAAUCGAGAUUUGGAUGCUAAUUUUGUUAGCGUCCCUCUUUUGGAGCUUAUGUUUUAUUUGGUCAAAAACGUUAAUCACAAGGCCUUAUUCAUAAAGCAGGAUGGUUGCUCCCGUGAUAGCAACAGAUCUGGAACAUGCGAUAGUAAAGAAAAGGACUCGGAAGUGGUACCGUCUCAGCUAGGGCAGCUUCUGAUGAAGGAGCAUGAAAUGAAAAAAGCAGUAAUCAACAACACCUCUGCGAGACACUCCAGGUUUGGCUCACUCAUCUCCCUACAAACUGCUGAUAAUCAGAGGCUAACUGCUUCGGGCGGCCAGGGACUACUGAGCAAUGAGUCUGUACUGAAAAAGCUCGAUGAGCGCAAGAAAUGGAAUAAGCGCAUUACUCAACGCGAAGAAACCAUUGAGGGACUUCCAAGCAGUUUUCUCAAUUUUAUUCAUGAUGCAGUUUAUUGGAACGUAUCUUCGGUCAGAACUUUUCGUUCAUUUAUCGAGGCUUUUCUAAAAGAAGGUUUCAAUCGCCUUCUCAAAAGCUUGACAGAUCAAUUAACCACUCAGUUAGAGGAUACGGCGCUAGUUCAUCAAUUGCAAUAUUUAUUGUUCAUUGUUUGGUUCGCGAGAUAUCAGCGCUUUCGAGCAAAGGAGGGUGAAGAGUCGCAAGAGCCAGAGGUUUUAGAAGCCGUUUUCGAGGAUACCUGUGUCAUUUUAGUAUCACAAUUUUUACGAAGAGCCCAAGAGCAGAGAACGUGGGCCUUAGUGCAUGCUUCUAUGGUCACCUUCACCGAACUUUUUUAUUUACUCGAAAGGUCAGAAAAUCAGGGGAGCCAGUCUCAAAACGCUUUCAAGCAAAAGCUCUUUACGGAAGAGCGAAUUAAGUUAAUAUGCGGUUUAUCAAAAACUGCAUCAAAGCAUUCACCUCCAUAUAUCAAAUGCUGUGUUGAACUGAAUCAUAUUUUAUUGGCCCUACUAAAGCGCUUUGCCAACGAGCAAGAGCAGCAAAAAGGUUCGAAUUCCGAGCCCAAUGACGACAUUGAUUACGAGGAGGUUCGAGCCCUGGCUGCACAAGAAGGGAUUGAGUUUGAAGAUGCCCUCGACGCUUUUCAGAUUGACGACUCUUUCCAUCGUUUUGAUUUUCUAAAAGCGAUCAAGUAUUUUCCUUUUGAAGGUACUGUUAAGACGUAUAUCAGUUUCCUGUCCCGCUUUCCCGAACUGGAAAAUGAGGAUAUUGAGAGUUCAGUUGCUUUCCUGUAUGAAGUAUUUGUUGCUACAGGAGAGAUUUCGAUGCUUUUUAGAAUUGAUUUCUUGAUUCUUCUGAAGGAUAUUCUAAGCUCAAAUGGACUUUCUUUGCAAUCGGCUUCGAGGAAGGUCGUAAUCAAAUUUGCUGAUAAGUUCAUGCUUCAAUUAAGAGAGCGGCUGAAAAAGUCUCCUUCAUGGUUUGUUAACAUACUUUUUCCAGUCAUUCACGAUCGACAAUUAGGCUUUUACCAGAAGUACGCUGACGUUAGGUCAGAUUUCAAAAGUAGUCGUCGGGUCGUACCACCAGCAGAAUUCAAAGCUAUCAGUGAGCUUAAAAGCCUUAGUGCAGAUCAAAUCUUGGACUUUAAAAUGGGUGUGCUGAUUUCAACGCUGAUCGAUGAUGGCAAGGAACAGCAUAUUCAGGAGCUCAUUCAUAAUCUACAGAAUUUCAUGAACCAGCUUGGUAAUCUAGCCAGCACCGCAGUAGAGCCUUCGAGCCCCCGAUUCCGUUUUCAAACAGCUAUCAUUGAUAUACAAAAAGCCUUGAAAUUUGACUCUAAUUUUAGGGCCUUGUUAUUAUUGGCGGGGUUUGACAUUCCGACGUCCAUUGAAGAAGAAUGUUUACUGUGCGUUGACUGGGACAAAAAACAAAUCGAGCGUUGUACAGAGAUUUUGGUGAAGUACUCGACCACUACCUUUGAUACUGCUAAUGGACUUCCAUCGCGAAGUUACCUAAAGGUGUCAAAUCUUGACGAUCAUGACUCGUCAAGACUACAUGAUGAGAAACCCAAUUUAAGCGCUUUGGAACAAUCUCAAGAGCAAGAAAGUUCUUAUUUCAAGGAACUGGAACGUGGUAGAGAUCAAAAAAAUUCUACUUCACUACAAAAAGGCUUAUCGCGGCGAAAAAAGGCCAAGAAAAAGCCCCAGCCUGUUACAAAGGGCCAUUCGAGAGCGGCUCAUGCCCAGCCUUCCCACCGUGGUAUCAUAAGCAAGGAAUAUAUCAGCGACUCUGACGACAGCGAUGAUGAGAGCUUCAAUUCCCAUUUUUUUGAAAACGAAAUGUACUUGAGGUGGUUGCUAGACAAGCAUCAAGGAACGCUGCCACAGAAAAAGUUUAGCUUGUUUGGGAAAUUCUGUCAGGAAAGAAUUCAAAACGAUGGGGAAGCUAACAAUUCGUAUGAGGUUAUGUUCGAUGGUCCCGUUCCUUCGCUUGAGGAACUAAAGAAUGCCGAGUCGGACGUUCCGCGUCUUGACGUUGGUGCAAAUGAUCACUAUGACCUUUCUCGCAGUCUCGAUCAAAUGAAGGCGUUAAAUGAUGCCAAUACCGAACAUGAGACGUCGCAUGACGAUAAGCUAUUAACCAGCAUGCUGCAAGAUUCUGAUUUGUCCGAAUACAAUCAUUCGACUAUUUCGAGCCCCAACGACAGCGAGAGCAAGAGAACGAGUAAAAGAACAAAAGAUGGGCCCAAAGACCGUAAAAGAAAACGGAUUAGAAUUGACGAAGACGAAUACUCUGAGUAA